CAACGCGCAGCAUAUGGCCGAGAUGGCCGUCGGUGUUUUGUGACGUCUCGGCGGAUGAAGGAUAUGAUUAAUUGACUGCUGAUAAAUGGUCACGGUACGGCACCACGUUCCCGUAUAUAAGAUCGCUGGCGCAGCGAUGGCGACUCUACUCACGGAUAGUCCUCCUCAGGGUCCCAUCACACCAUCUUGUGCCUUCGGCAAACAAAGGCACAACCGUAGUAUCCUUUUACGUUGAAGAAGACCACUCGCCCCCGCAACUCUCAACACGCUAAGAAGUUCCUGUGAAAAGUUGCUUUCCCUUGACACAUUGAAAUCGGACGGGAGAAUCGCCUCGCACUUAUCUUGAAGCUCUCUGCCUGCGUGUUUCCUGGCUGUACGCGAAAAAGCAAAAGUGCAAAGACAACACCAUGACGCUCCCCGAACACCCCAUCGAUACCCCGCCGCGCGCGCCCAGCCCAGUGCAUAGGUUCGGCACCCUGGCUGUCCACGCUGGAAGCCCACACGAUCCCGUUACUGGCGCUGUGAUCGAGGCUAUCUCGCUAUCCACGACCUACGCGCAGACCGCGGUUGGCAAGCCAGUGGGCGAGUACGAAUACUCGCGCUCCUCGAACCCCAAUCGCGAUAACUUCGAACGCGCAGUCGCAGCGCUCGAGCACGCCCGCUAUGCGCUCGCCUUCAGUUCUGGCUCGGCCACUACCGCCAACAUCCUGCAGUCGCUCGCCGCCGGCUCGCACGUCGUCUCCGUGUCCGACGUGUACGGCGGCACGCACCGCUACUUCACCAAGGUCGCCCUCACGCACGACGUCAAAGUGACCUUUAGCCCGUCGAUCGAAGUCGAUAUUGAGGAGCUGAUCCGCCCCAACACGAAGCUGAUCUGGAUCGAGUCGCCCUCGAACCCCACCCUCACGCUCGUCGACAUCCGUAAGGUCGCCUCCAUCGCGCACCAGCACGGCAUCAUGGUCGUUGUCGACAACACCUUCAUGAGCCCCUACGUACAGAACCCGCUCGACCACGGCGCCGACAUCGUCGUCCACAGCGUCACAAAGUACAUCAACGGCCACAGCGACGUCGUCAUGGGCGCCGCCGCUUUCAACAGCCCGGAGCUCUUCGACCGCCUGUCGUUCCUGCAGAACGCCAUCGGCGCCGUGCCCAGCGCCUUCGACUGCUGGCUCGCGCACCGCGGGUUGAAGACGCUGCACUUGCGCGCCCGCGAGGCAAGCAAGAAUGCAACGGGCGUUGCUACCGCGCUCGAAGCAAGUGCGCAUGUUGUCAGCGUCAACUACCCCGGUCUGGACUCGCAUGCGCAGCGCGCGAUUGCGAUCAAGCAGCACCGUGACGGCAUGGGUGGCGGAAUGCUGUCGUUCCGUAUCCAGGGCGGGCACGCGGCAGCGGAACGGUUCUGCCAGGCGACCAAGAUCUUCACGCUCGCCGAGUCGCUGGGCGGUGUGGAGUCGCUGGUCGAGGUCCCGAGUGCGAUGACGCACGGAGGUAUUCCCAAGGAGCAGCGUGAGGCCGCUGGUGUGUUUGACGACCUCGUCCGUAUCAGCUGUGGUGUUGAGGAUGAGGCGGAUCUUGUGGCCGACGUGCUGCAGGCGCUAGAGAAGGCUGUCGUUGGGCCUAAGAUCAAGAAUGGUCUUCCCUAGGCGACCGAAGCGAGACAGAUGACAUGACGAGGAAGUGGAGGUCUUUGGACAAAAAAGGGCGGUCUAACGAACAUACCGCUCACGAACAUGACACGGCGUUACUGAUAGUUUUAGACGACAAACUCCUUUAUAUCCCAAUCCCCACCGUGGGAAGCGUAGCGCUAAGGCGAGCUGAUCUGUAGAUCUGAAUUGCAUUUGCUUUACAUCU